CGAAACAGGGCCCGUCUCUUCCACCACUCCGCAGAGGCGCAGACUACCGUCUCAUCCUACUACUCUAGCCCAGUCUCACGAUCCAGCACUCAGUCACUAGCGCUUGUCGUCGCCAGUACAACAACGGCAUGGGUGAGGGUGACGACGACCGGCGGGACGAGUUGUUGGGCGCGGGGCGGGACCAUGAACCAGAGCCGGCGGACGCGGAGGAGGCCAAGAAACCCGCACCCGGCGAGGCGGAGGCCGGCAACGGCGCCGGCGCGGAGGCGGCGACCUGCGACUACUGCGGGACCGCGGCGGCGGCGGUCUACUGCCGCGCCGACUCCGCCAGGCUCUGCCUGCCGUGCGACCGCCUCGUGCACGGCGCCAACGGGGUCUGCUCCCGCCACGCCCGCGCCCCGCUCUGCGCCGGCUGCUGCGCCGCCGGGGCCGUCUUCCGCCGCGCCUCGACCUCCGCCUUCCUCUGCUCCAACUGCGACUUCGGGAGGCACCGGGAUGGCGGUGACCCGCCGCUCCACGACCGCUGCGCCGUGCAGCCCUAUUCCGGGUGCCCUCCGGCGAGCGACCUCGCCGCGCUCCUCGCGGUGCCCCUCUUCGACAAGCCGGCCGCCGAAGAUGGUGCCUGGUGGAACAUCUGGGAGGAGCCCCAGGUGCUGAGUUUGGAGGAUCUCAUCGUGCCCACCACCCCUUGCCAUGGAUUCGAACCCCUCCUAACGCCGCCCUCGCCCAAGAACCGGAGCAUCUCGCCGGACCGGAAGGUGAACGAGGAGAUUCUUCGGCAGCUGGGGGAGCUCGCAGAGUCUGAUGGCGGUAUGCAGGCAUCAGCAGGUCGUGAGGAGGCAGAGCAAGCUGGUGGAGACCAGUUCCCUUCCUGGGCGUCACCACAGUAUGCCACUGGACAUGGCAAUUUUGGAACAGAGGACAACCAUGAGAAUGGCAGAUGGAACAACAGUGAAUAUCAUGAUCUAAAUGAUGCAUGUAAGCUCGAGGUCACAUAUGAUCAGGCUCCAGUCAACUCGGCUGAACCGUGCUUGUCUUCAUUUGCUCCACUGUCGGAAAUCUGCCCCAGCAUGAGCAAUGGUAGCAGUAAGGAAGAUAACCACCAGGCUAAUCCUGGCAUUGGCAUGCCAAUGCAAGGUCUACCCAAAAGGAGUGGAUUUGAUGUUGUCCCAUGCCCUGACCGUGACUCGGUCAUUUCGCGCUAUAAAGCGAAGAGGAAGACAAGAAGAUUUGACAGGCAGGUCCGGUAUGAGUCGCGCAAAGUUCGUGCUGAUGGCAGGCUCAGGAUCAAGGGGCGUUUUGCAAAGGCAAACCAGACAUGAACCUAAAUCUGCAGUUCUGCACUAUCCUAAGCAUCUUUCCUCAAGAAAUAUGCUAAGUAUCUUCCAACACGAAGAAGAAAACUGGUCAGGGGCGAUGAUAAUGCAAAAAUGUGCCAGAAUUUUGUUUGCCUUCAGUUCAAUAGCUGAUAACCAUAGCUCCAUAUACAGUUGAAUUGAAUGACGUGUGUAUAUAUUGCUGUCAUGUGACUAGUAGCUACAUUGCUUUGAGAGAUCAAAACCUGUAUAUGCACCUACACAUGUGAUUUUGCCAUGACGGACAUAAUAAUAGAACCACUGCGUUUGAUUG